GCGUGCGCUGAGCGGGGAGGUCGAAUUUGGAGAGCUUGUUGGUUUCCCGCUGCUGACCAGUGGAGCUGCUUCAUCUUUAAUGGUUGGAAUGAAGUGAUUUUUUUUUAUAAAACUCUGAGUUUCUGACACCAACGACACUUCAGAACUGACGCCAUUUAAAAAAAAAAUCUCUUUUUCAAGUGUUUUCCAUUAAUUACUCCGCUAUGUCUGUGUCGGAGACGCAACCGCGUACGGAGUUAACUUUUGAGGAGAAAACAAAUGACAGUGAUAGUGACAGCGGCAAGGGAAGUUGUGGAAUGGUCUCCCCGCGUUUGAACGAAGAAGUAUGCCACUCUGACAGAGAUUCAGAAGAGGAAAUUUUUACUUGUAAGAAAACAACAAAAAAACCUGUACAGGAGAGUGAUAGUGAUGGGGAAGCAAGCAAUGUGAACAAAAUCAGCAAUUUAAAAUCAAAUGAUGAGAGUGAGAAUGAGGAGCAAAACUUGAACAUUAAUGCUGUAGAUAAGAGCAAAAAAUUACGACGUGUUCGGAGAGCGACAUUGGAUAGUGAUGAAAGUGACUUGGAAGUUCUCAACAGCAAAGACCAAACAAGGCUAUUAAAAUCCAAUUUUAUUGGCAGUGAAAUUGAAAAACCGUCCACCACAGAAACCCACCACAAAAGCUUUGGUUCAGAUAGCUCUUCACUUAGCCAAGAAAAAUCAAAAUGUUCAAAGUAUCGCAAGGAACGAGAAAAUCGAAAGGACAGAUCCCAGAGACAGCGAGAGAAAGCACAGAAGAAACUUGAAGUGGUUGAGAAACUGAAGAGAAAAAAGAAGAAACAGGAAAAACAGGAAGAGUCCACAGAAUUCAAGCUAGCAGAUGACAGUGGCUGUCUGCUAAACAACAGUGACCUGUUUGAGACGGAAGUGGAUGAUGAACAUGAACUUGGCACAGAGGAAGAGGAGUUGUCAUUGGAUGCCAUACGAGCAGCAGUGAAAAAUAAAGCAAAGCAAUCCAAAAGUACAAUACUGGUUCCAUCUACUGAAAAUCUCCAGGAUUAUGACUGCGAGGAGGCUUUGAUGCCAUUAGAAGAGAAAAAGGUACGUACAGAGAGGAAGGCAGCUAAACAGAGUAAAGAGGCAAUCCGUCAGAUUCACAGUGAAACUCAGCGAUUGAUGCGAGAGGCAAAUUUAUCUCUACCGUAUCAUCUGCCACAACCAAAAACUAUUCAUGACUUCUUCAAGAAACGACCACGACCAGCUUGCCAAGGAAGUGCCAUGUCCUUGCUCAAGUCAUCUAAGUAUCAACCCUGCUUGCUACAGGAAACUUCAGAUUCCACAACAGAGAUUGAAAUAUUAAGUACUGUUCCUCAAGAACAUGGACUGCUUGAUCAGUUGGCUCUUAACAACGAAAAUGUCGCAACUACAGAGAUUCCAGAAAUAGAAGAACCCGAUUUAAACAAUUCAAAUAAUAAAGAAAAUACUUGUCCUAAUCCCCCUGAAAGUGAAAUUCAGGUGGAAAAGAAGAAAGUUGAGAUAAUAGAACAGUCAGAUAUUUCCACUGACCUGGAAAGCAAAGAAAAAAGCUCUGUAAAUGCUGAACCUAGCAUGGAACAUGACCAUUACUCCUUUUGCUUGGAACUAGCUGAGGAAACCGGGUCCAGCGACAGACUAACAACUAUGCAUGAGAAUCCUCAUGUAGAGCUUGGUAAAGCAGUACCUGAUGCUGUGGUAAAACUCUCCAAUGAUGUACCAAGUGUUACAGAAGAAGAGCAAAAACAGUUGGAGGCAACUUCAAUGGUCAAGCAACGAAAAUCCAAAUUGGAUAAAUUACGGGUGCUGGGUGUGGACCUAACAUUGAAGCCUCGCCUUUGUGCAGAUGAGGGUGCAUUUGUAAACCUGGAAGAGCCAAAAGAAAACAAAGAGCUUCAAGCAUUAAAGGAACGUUUUCUGAAACAUAGCAUCAAGCCUGUUAAACAGAACCAAGAACGCCAUGUAGAGCUUAACAUUAUUCGGAAAACUUAUGCUGAUGGGAAGGAAGAACUUAAAGCAGAUUCAGUAGCAGUAACCCUGGGCAAGAAAGAAGUGGAGGAAUUUGGAGCAACAAAACCAGGUGAAAAACUUCAAGCUUUGAAAGCCAAACUCCAGGAAGCAAUGAAAUUGCGUCGCAUAGAAGAACGUCAGAAACGGCAAGCAUUGUACAAACUUGAUAACGAGCAGGGCUUUGAGAAUGAAGAGGACGAGGAAGAAGAACUGACGGAGUCUGAAGAAGACGAUCCUGAGACUGUAGAAUUCCUACUUGGUGAUGGGGAGGAGGCAGGGGUGGAAGCAGAUGAUGACACUCAAUCUACUGAUACAGCACAGAAUCAAGAUCUCGUAACCCAGCAGGAAUCUACCCCUACACCAAAAGCUAUUGCCUCAGAAUGUUCACAGUCCUUAAAACCUGGGACUGCUUCCUCCUUUAAAUUUGGUGAACAGACUUCUGGCAACAAAUUGAGGCUACAACUUCAACAAACACCAUCCAAAGGGGAUAGUAAACUUGAUGAAGAUGACUCCACUUCACAGGCUUCAACAGCCAAGGAGAAUAGUCACAACAGUAGCUUUGAGCUAAUUGGGUCAAUGAUUACCUCAUACCAGCCAUGUAACAAACAGCCAGGCAGAUUUGGAGCUGCUAUGCUAGGAGGAUUCAGAUCACCAUCACCUAACAUCUUUAAUCCAAACAGUCAAUUCAAAACCAGCUUCGUCAGUUCAGCAUCUAAGAGUUCUGGGAAGCUAUCUGAGCCCUCAAUGCCAGUAGAAGAUUCGCAAGAUUUAUACAAUACAUCUCCAGAACCAAAGAACUCAACUGGUGAAUCUCAGUUCAGGUUCUCUCUUGAAGAUGAGACGCAAAGUCAGUUACUAGAUGCAGAUGGGUUUUUGAAUGUGGGUCAUCGCAGCAACAAAUGGCAGCUAUCAAAACGUCAACUCCUCCUGGAUAAUAUGGAUGAAAAUGCAAUGGAUGCGAACAUGGGGGAGUUGCUGGGUUUUUGUUCAGGAGAAUUUAAAUCUCAAAAUCUUGAUACACUAAAGGAAAAGAACAAAGAAAAAGAGCAGAAUAUUGAUGAAUUGCUUGGACUCUGUUCUGGCAAGUUUGUAUCUCCAGCAGAAUCCUCAUGUUCCAUCUCUUCUGCUGCAAAGCAACAAAAAACAAUGACCACGGCAUCAGAUGAUCUCAUGACUGAGGUGCUAGCACUUUGCUCAGGCUCUUUUCCAACAGACAAGGAGGAUGAUGAGGAAAAUGAAGAUGACCAAUUUCAGCUGCUGACAGACGACGAAGUUUUUGAGAGUGAGAAUGAAGAAAGUGGCGAAGAGCAAGACGGUGAAAAAGAGGAAGAUGAAGAAGUGCAGCUGGCCCGGGAAGUUCUGAUGAAACGCAAACUGAAACUAAAAGAUUUUGUAGAGGAUGAGGCUGAACUCUCAGGCAGUGAAGUGGCAAGUGAUGAUGAAUAUGAUGCAGAAUCUGAUGACUAUGAAGAGGAUGUAAUUGAAGAGGAUCUGCCAUCAGAUGAGGAACUGCAGGAACAAGUGAACAAAAUUCACAUGAAGGUAUUGAUGGAUGAAGAUAAGCGACAAUUGCGUCUUUAUCAAGAGCAAUAUCUAGCUGAUGGGGACCUGCACAGUGAUGGGCCAGGUCGUGCACGGAAAUUCCGUUGGAAAAAUAUUGAUGAUUCUUCACAGACUGACUUGUUCCAUGGAGAAUCUGAGGAUGAACCGGAUGAGGACGAAGUAGAUGAGUCAGAAGUAAAAUGGCGAAAAGAUCGGUUUGAACGAGAACAGUGGCUUCGUGAGCAGUCUCAGGAUGCAGGUAGUGAGGAAGAGGUUGGCGAAGACAGCCAAUUCAUGAAACUGGCAAAGAAAAUUACAGUGAAAACUUUGCAGAAAGGUAGUUCCGUGGAAGUAGUUCCGGAAAGGAAACAACAAGAAUCGAUGGGACUCAAGCCCCAGAAAUCCUCCUCUGUCCUUUUGAUAAAAAAUGGAUCGCUGUUAAAUCGACCCCGAGAAGUACUGCAGAAACUAGCAGCAAUGUCAGAUGUGAAUCUAAAUGCUCCUCGUGCCAACUCCCGUAACUUUGUCUUCCAUACACUAUCUCCAGAAAAGGAUGAACGGAAAACAACAGAAUCAAAAUUACAGACAAAAAGAAAGGCAACUGCUACUCCGACCACUUCAUUGGCAAAGCGCCCACGGACCGAGAAGACACCAACAAAUAGCACCCAUACCAGAAGUAUAUUCCGAUAUCUAGAGAAAUGAUUAUUGUAAUUAUAAUGUAGUUUCUAUUUUGUAUUCAGCUUGUGUGAUUGUAAAUUAGCUGUGUUGUACAUGUAUAUGAUAUAAAUGCUCUUUUAGAUUGUUUUAUCCAAGAAAUAAAUUACACAUUUUUUUAA